AACGGUGUUCCCUUAAUACAAGCCCCCCUUUCCGGUUCCUGAGCAUGCUGUAACAGCUGACGCGGUGCACGCCUGUUUCUGCAGUAGAACACGGUCUCCAAAAAAAAAAAAAAAAAACCAACCCGUGAUGACUAAAGAAGAUAUUCAGGGGGCGGCGGUGGCAGAGGAGGACCAGCAGGGCCCGUCAAAGAAAGCCCAGAAAAAACUGCAGAAGGAAGCAGAGAAAGCUGCAAAGAAGGCUGAGAAACAGGCUAAGUUGGCUGGUGAUCAGAAAAGUGAAGAGGAAGAUGAUUUCGCCAAGGACCGUUAUGGUGUGACUGCAAUGGUCCAGUCCCAACAAAAACUGGACAGAGCUUUGGUUUUGGUCAAAGACCUGACUCCUGAGAGGGCAGAUGAGUUGAUCUGGUUGCGUGCCCGAGUUCACACCAGCAGGGCCAAAGGGAAGCAGUGUUUCUUGGUGCUACGGCAACAACAGUUCAACGUGCAGGCGUUGGUCGCAGUAGGGGAUCGUGCCAGCAAGCAGAUGGUCAAGUUUGCUGCAAACAUCACCAAGGAAAGUAUUGUGGAUGUGGAGGCAUCAGUGAGGAAAGUGGACCAGAAGAUCGAGAGCUGUUCUCAGCAGGAUGUGGAGCUUCAUAUUGAGAGGAUUUUUGUCAUCAGCCAGGCAGAGGCCCGUCUCCCCUUACAGUUGGACGAUGCUGUUAGGCCUGAAGGAGAAGGUGACGAGGAGGGCAGAGCGACUGUCAACCAAGACACCAAACUGGACAACCGAGUGAUUGAUCUCAGGACAACCACCAGCCAGGCCAUCUUUCGCCUGCAGUCAGGAGUGUGCCAACUUUUCAGAGACACCCUCACUAAAAAGGGCUUUGUGGAGAUUCAGACACCUAAAAUCAUAUCAGCUGCCAGUGAAGGUGGAGCCAAUGUCUUCACUGUGUCGUACUUUAAAACCAGCGCCUACCUGGCACAGUCUCCUCAGCUGUACAAACAGAUGUGCAUCUGUGCUGACUUUGACAAGGUCUUCUGUGUGGGUCCAGUUUUCAGAGCUGAGGACUCCAACACUCAUCGUCAUCUCACUGAGUUCGUGGGCCUGGAUAUUGAAAUGGCUUUCAAUUACCAUUACCAUGAGGUCAUUGACUCAAUCACUGACACGAUGGUCCAGAUCUUUAAAGGACUGAGGGACAACUUCCAAACUGAGAUCCAGACUGUAAACAAGCAGUUCCCCAGCGAGCCUUUCAAGUUUUUGGAGCCUACUCUGAGACUGGAGUACAAAGAGGCUUUGGCCAUGCUGCGUGAGGCUGGUGUGGAGAUGGGUGAUGAGGAAGAUCUGAGCACGCCAAAUGAAAAGCUGCUUGGCCGCCUUGUCAAACAAAAGUAUGAUACCGAUUUCUAUGUUCUGGACAAGUAUCCACUGGCUGUGAGACCUUUCUACACCAUGCCUGAUCCCAACAACCCAAAAAAUUCCAACUCCUAUGACAUGUUCAUGCGUGGAGAGGAAAUUUUAUCGGGAGCUCAGAGAAUCCACGAUCCUCAGCUGCUGACUGAACGGGCCAUGCAUCACCAGAUUGAUCUGGAGAAGAUCAAGGCUUACAUAGACUCCUUCCGUUAUGGUGCUCCCCCACAUGGCGGUGGAGGCAUUGGCCUGGAGAGAGUCUGCAUGUUGUACCUGGGGCUCCACAACGUACGCCAGACCUCCAUGUUCCCCCGCGACCCCAAACGCCUGACACCUUGAAAAUGUCAAGCAAUCUUUUUCUUAACAGAUGGCAAGUCACAUAACGGUGAUGGGAAACUACUAAUACACAAUGCUGGUUUAAUGGGUUAGUGUCACUCUUUAGGACACUAACAUGAUACUUGGAUUAAUUUGUACUAUGCGAGAUCGAAGUCGGUGCAACAGUAGGGAACUUUAUUGAUUGUUAUGAACAGAUGUCUUAACAAAUAACAGUGGAAAGAGAGGAGGCGUGCACUCAUGUUAGGUUGGAAAGAUGCAAUAGUCAACUGGUCAGCAUCUCUUCUUAGUAAAGAAGUCUGGCCCAAGUCCUAACUACCUCCAACUAACCAUCGUUGUCUCCUACAGUAAAUCUGUAACAAAAUGA